AUGUAUGGGAAGUUUGAUGUUAUAUCUUGGAACUGCUUGAUCUGGGCCGGUCAAAGAGCUGGACACAGUGAGCUGGCUUUGGAGCUGUUCCAUAAAAUGAGAGAUGCUGAGUUGUUAACCGAUCAGUUUACGUGUUCAAUGUUGAUGAGUGUCAGUAUUGGAGAUUCUGUUCAGCUCUUUAAGGAACAAGAUCAAUGGGAUUCAGCCUUAUGCAAUUUGAUGAUCUCAGGCUAUGCUAGACAUGAUUUAGGGGAAGAUGCUUUGCGACUCUUAAUGUUGACCUUGAGGAAGAGUAUCAGGCCAACAGAAUACAUGGUUAGCUCUCUCUUGAGUGCAGUUAUUGCCAGUUCACUUGUUGACAUAGUGUCUUCUACCAUGGACCUCUUCAGGGAGUUAUUGACUAGAGGAGGCACGCUUCCAGAUCGAAUAACACUUACUGCAGUUGUACUAGCAUGCAACUAUGGGUUAUUGGUUGAUGAAGGAAUCGAAAUAUUUUCCUCAAUGGAGAUUAAAUUUGGAGUAAAACCAGGAGAAGAACAUUAUGAAUGCGUUGUGGCGAUGUUGAGUAAAGUUGGUAAGCUCAAAGAAGCCAUUGAUAUCAUAGAAACAAAGCCGUAUAGAAGUACCUCUGACAUUUGA